UGCUUACGAUUUAGGAGUUAUGCUUAUGCAGGUAGGAUAGGUUGCAUAAAAAUAAAUUUAGGAGCGAAAUGAAACCGUAUUCGUAUUUCGUGCCCCCGCGUUCCCAAAGAUCUCCUCUUUCCCUCGUCAAUAACCGCCGUCGUUAAUCCAUCACAACCCCACCUCCCCUCUCUCUCUCUCAAUUUUUCAAUUUCGUAUUCACAUUCCUUCUUCAUAUUGCGUGCCCUAGGGUUUUUCUCCCUUCGUGUUCGAUCAAUUUAGCUUCAAAAUCGAAACUGGUCACGAUAGAUGGGAACUCAGCCGCAUCAAUCGUCUGUGGACGAAGAGGAUGAGGAAUUGAUGGGUUGUGGAACUACGAUUUCGGGACAAUCAGGCUCAACCAGCAGGAGUGCCGGGUUACCGUCUAGCCGGAGUGAGCAGACCACGGGGACAGCCGCCGGUGAUAACGCUGCUCUCAAAUUGAAUCAUCUUGAUAUACAGGAUGAUGAUGCUGCAUCACAGGCAGUAGUUGCUACCAAGAAGAAAAAGCGACGGGCUGUUGGAGGUGAUAAGAAUGGAAGAGGGCUCCGGCAAUUUAGUAUGAAAGUGUGUGAGAAGGUAGAAAGUAAAGGAAGAACAACUUACAAUGAGGUGGCAGAUGAACUUGUGGCUGAAUUUUCUGAUCCAAGCAAUGGUGGUUUGUCCCCUGAUCAGCAACAAUACGAUGAGAAAAACAUCCGUCGAAGGGUCUAUGAUGCUCUGAAUGUUCUUAUGGCUAUGGAUAUUAUUUCCAAGGAUAAAAAAGAAAUACAAUGGAAGGGUCUUCCUCGUACCAGUCUGAGUGAUAUUGAAGAACUAAAGACACAGCGUCUUGGGCUCAGGAGUAGAAUUGAAAGGAAAGCAGCCUAUCUGCAGGAGCUUGAGCAGCAAUUUGUAGGUCUUCAGAACCUUAUCCAACGAAAUGAACAAUUAUAUAGCUCAGGAAAUCCUCCCAGUGGAGGUGUAUCUUUACCUUUUAUUCUGGUUCAGACACGUCCUCAUGCAACUGUUGAAGUGGAAAUAUCAGAAGACAUGCAGCUUGUUCAUUUUGAUUUCAAUAGUUCUCCUUUCGAGCUGCAUGACGACAAUUAUGUUCUCAAGGCAAUGGAUUUUGGUGGGGGUGAGAGACCGCAGAGUGACAAUGUUACACACAAUAUUGCGGAUGGAGGGGAAGGUUCUAGCAUGUCAGGCAUGUAUCAAUCACAGGUUCCUCAGUCAGUUUCAAACAUGUUAGUUAGGCCUCCGACAUCACCUCCACUCCCUGGAAUAUUAAAGGCAAGAGUUAAGCAAGAGCAUUGAUCUGCAAGUUCAUGAUAUCAUCUCACCUUACUUAAGCAUGUCUGUAUAUUGUGUAAAGAAAUUUACCGAAUUAUAGACCUUCAUAAUAGUUAGUCAUCAGUACAGCUUUGGUAGGUCAGAAGCAGAUCGGUCUGUUAGUUUCUUUAUCGUUUGGGGUAGACUGGCAAAUUCUUUGCCUACCAUUUAUCAUUUACUACAUUUACUGAAUUUUUUUCACCGCAUAUUUUUACCGUAACUCCCCUUCCCCCCAUGUAGUAAGAGAGAAUCAGUUGUAAUAAAUCGGUAACCUAUACAACAUAGGUUACUUUCGGGAUUCACUAAUUUACAGGGUAAAUUGCUAAGUUUUCCAGUUUAUAUGAA